AUGGGCAAAGUUUCGGAGCUUGUUUCGCACCCGUUGGAGCUGAAGGCAGCUCUGAAGUUAAAGUUUAUACGGAAGUCUUUGUUUCCUCUGGACGAUACCAGAGCAACGCCUGAGCUCAAGAGAUGUUACGAGCUACUAGAAAAAACGUCAAGAUCAUUCGCUGCGGUUACGUUACAGUUGCAUCCUGAACUUCGGAACGUUGUCAUGCUUUUUUAUCUUAUCCUGAGAGCGCUGGACACUGUUGAAGACGACAUGACCAUCGAUCCAAAAGUGAAAGUGCCCUUGCUUCGCGAGUUUGAUCGGAAAUUGGAUUUGGAAUCAUGGUCCUUUGACGGUAACGCUAUAACUGAGAAAGACCGGUGUGUUCUCGUUGAGUUCCCAGUUAUUCUGAAGGAAUUGCAUAAGGUCAAACCCGCCUACCAGAAAGUUAUCAAGGAAAUAACUCAUAAAAUGGGCAAUGGUAUGGCCGAUUACAUUUUGGACGAAAAUUUCAAUCUCAAUGGUGUUUUGACCGUCAAGGACUACGAUCUUUACUGUCACUACGUCGCCGGUUUAGUCGGUGACGGCCUGACGCAGCUCAUCACGUUGGCUGGUUUUGGAACCCCCGAUCUUUACGACGAAUCGGCCCAUCUAUUCGAAAGUAUGGGUCUGUUCUUGCAGAAGACCAAUAUUAUCAGAGAUUACGCCGAAGACCUUGAAGACGGCCGUUCGUUUUGGCCAAGAGAAAUAUGGUCUAAGUACGCUGAUAAGCUUGUGGACCUUUCAAAGCCUGCUAAUGAGAAGGCAGGCAUAGAGUGUAUCAGCGACCUUGUUCUGAACGCUUUGGGUCAUGUCACCGAUGUUUUGACCUAUCUCAGUUCCAUUCACGAACAAUCCACUUUUCAGUUCUGUGCGAUUCCUCAGGUGAUGGCCAUUGCCACUUUGGCGCUCGUUUUCGGGAAUGAAAAGGUUUUGCACGAGAACGUCAAGAUCAGAAAGGGUACUACCUGCUACCUGAUCUUGAAAUCCAGAACUCUGCGCGGAUGCGUUGAAAUCUUUACCUACUACCUCCGUGACAUCAAGAAACGCUUGCGCGUCGACGAUCCAAACUAUCUCAAGCUCAAUAUUAAGAUAGGUGGGAUUGAACAAUUUAUCGAGGGAAUGUACCAAGAACAAUUGCCAGCGGGUGUCAAGCCUUUGCAGACUGUGAUAUACAAAAAAGUGACAGAAAGAACCAACUUUGAUGAAAAAGUUAUUCCGAUUCAGCAAGAGGAAGACUUUAAGUUUAACAUCAUUCUCUCGAUGCUCUUUACAAUUGCAGCGUCUGUAUACUACUAUUCCAAGUGA